GUUUUGCUAACUACGCUACAUACGUGACUGUAACUUAGCCUCACUAGCAUCGCAGGCGUUUAGAAGAGACACUCAGUGACACUGGCCGGACGAGUCUAAUGUUCCCUGCAACUCACACGUGUGUCACAUUACUCCUGGCUUUGCUUCGUACGACAAUUCAUCAUCGUUGUUGCAAAGUGACGCGGUUAUGUAAACAGCUAGCUAAACAUGCUAACGUUCCGAACUUUCACGAUAACUUUCCGCGUAGUGAACUCGACAUCGGUGUUUGACAGCAGCAGGUUCCUGCACGAGGGCGAUACGAAGGAUCCGCGAGGAGCCAACGUGAUUCAUCCUUGUCAACCUUUUCUUUCUUGGCUGCCACAGGAAGUCCUGUUAGCUACAAAUUUUGAGAAGAAGGGGAAGAAAGAGACCUGUCCUGUACUAGAGCAGUUCCUGUGCCAUGUUGCCAAGACGGGUCAGCCGCCACUUGCAUCUCCAAUAUCUUCCAGGAUCCUGUGGCCCCAGUUAAAAGAUUACUUCAUGUUUAAGUUGGAAAAAGUCAUGGAGGACUUCCAAGCCUCGUCGCCAGAGCAGCGAGGACUACACAAUCCUAACGUGGAGUACGUUCCUUACCAAGAGAUGAAGACGAGGAUCUUAAAAAUAGUGGAUGGUUACAAGGGAAUCCCAUUCACCAUCCAGCGUCUGUGUGAACUGCUGAUGGACCCGAAGAGAAACUACGCAGGAACAGAAAAGUUUCUCAGGGGUUUGGAGAAGAAUGUGAUGGUGGUCAGCUGUGUGUAUCCCACGUCAGAAUGUUUUGUGCCUGUCUACGUCUCUCCAAGGAAAAAUGGUGCGUCCAGUGUGAACCGAAUGAACGGAGUGAUGUUUCCUGGCAGCUCCUCUCUGUAUUCAGACAGUCAAAAUGUAAAUGGACCAGCUUUGCCAAAAUCCCUCAACAGACCAAAGUUGUCGUUGUCAACUCUGCUUCCCACCAACGGGCUCCCGGACCGUCCUGUGGGCAAAGAGCCAGCGAUGAGCACAGAGGAGGUCGUCCGGCACCAUGUCAGUGACUCGUCGCAGUCGGAAAGUGAAAUGACACCAAACAGCGGGACGAAAAACAAACACCCUGAGGAGGAGGAGGAGGAGGAGGAAGAUUCAGACGCUGACAAGCAAGAUGUCAAGAGGCUCAAGUUCGAUGAAACGGAAAGCGAAGAAAAAGAGUCACCGUGUCAUAAAGGGUCGGAGAGCUCGUCGUCGGAGUCUUCAAAAGACUCUUGUGGUGACGAGGACCAAAGUGGAUCAUCCUGUGACACGACGUGUGACCGUGAUCCCAGGAGCCCAGGGACAGAAAUCUUGUGUGGGACGGGAGAAGAAGUCCACGGUGUCGUGGACCAGCCUGAACCUCCUGCUCCAUCAGGGGAGAGCACGAGCUCGGAGCGGGACAAUGACGAUAGCAGCAGCAGCGUCGUCAACAGCGACGGAGAGAGUCCGCCCAGCGACAAGCCUGUCCCCUCCUCCCCCCCCUCCUCCUCCUCCUCCUCUAGUAGUUCACCCGACCGGUCAGCAGAGGGCGAUGCUGACGGCUCACACAGCACAGACGCUGCAGUCGAGCCCGGGGAACACGACUGACUCGACCGCACAGCUGACUCUGUUUUUACACUGUAUAUGACACCACACCCGGGGUGUCGCACUGUGGACCGUUAGACCUCAGGACCCGGAAGGUUCCUCACAGACGGAAUCUCUUGUCCUCUCCACUUUGCUUCAAAGUGAAAUGUCUCCUGGUCUUUAAACGAGGAAGGAAACGAUUCAAAGACGAUUACGGAGACUCUGCUUUUUAACUAAAAGUUUUUCUAAUCGAUUUUUUUUCCCUCCUGAUUUUUUUUUCAUAUCAGUGUGUUUUCGUUUAACCUUGAUGAUGAUAAUGAAUUCACUCAUUUCAUUAUUCAUGAAUCGUUAGGGGUGUAUUUCCCUGACGGUACAGUCGACAGUUUGUCGUCUCUCUCUCCAGACGAAAUACGCUUCCUAUCAACAGGAUGUUACAUUUGUUCGCUCGACCCUUUUGAAGGAUGUGGAAACUCUGACUUCAUUACUUUGUUACUGUAUGAAACCAACACAACAUUGCCAGUAGAAACAGUUUGUGCAUCAAACAGUUCAACAGUCCCACAUGGUACUUUUACACUUUCUGUAUGUCGUACCUCCGUUGUUUAGCUCUCCCUUUGGAUAGCAGAGGUUUUUACAGCACAUAUCUGUAAAUAUGUUUGGUUUUUUUGUAGACUUGUUAUACAGUACGUGUCCACUGCCUUCGUUAAACUGAUGAUGGAAAUUGAAUGCUUGAGCUUGUGUCAUAGUAUUCAUGGAAAGCAAUAAAUGCUGAAAUGUGAA